GUUUAAAUGUGAACGCAACUACAUCUUUUUGUCUGUGGAGUUUAUUCCUUGUCUUUGAUUCAUUGGCGGCCUUCCUUUUCCGGUUCUGCAUCAAAGCUGUAACCAUGCCGCUCGCAAUUGAUUUACUGCAUCCUUCUCCCGCGUCGGAGAAAAGGAAACACAAGUUGAAGAGGCUGGUGCCACAUCCAAACUCAUACUUCAUGGAUGUCAAGUGCCCUGGCUGCUACAAAAUCACAACUGUAUUCAGUCACGCGCAAAGGGUGGUCGUAUGCGCAGGUUGCUCAACGAUCCUUUGCCAGCCCACCGGUGGUCGCGCAAGAUUAACGGAGGGAUGUUCAUUUAGAAGAAAACAACAUUAAUUUUACCUGGAGAGAGAGCCCUAUUAAUUUAAGAUUCUUUUAUUUCCAAUGUGAGAAGGAGAGAUAUUUUACAGUUUGUUAAAAUGAAUCCAGAUAAGCACUACCAAUAAAAGGCUUUUUCGAAAGGGAA